ACCAUGAGCUGGACUUGUCCGCGUUGUCAGCAACCCGUUUACUUUGCUGAGAAAGUGAGCUCCUUAGGCAAGAACUGGCACCGUUUCUGCCUGAAAUGUGAGCGCUGUCACAGCAUCUUGUCCCCUGGCGGGCAUGCAGAGCACAACGGGAGGCCAUACUGCCACAAGCCUUGCUAUGGGGCUCUCUUUGGACCUAGAGGGGUCAACCUUGGUGGUGUGGGCUGCCAUCUCUACAACCUCCCAACUCCCCCCCCUGCCAGCCGCACCGCCCUCAGCCCCAGCAACUUUAGCCCCCCCAGGCCAAGGACUGGCCUCCCCCAGGCCAAGAAAAGACUUCCCUACUUGAAGACAUUCACUGGUGAGACUUCACUGUGCCCUGGAUGUGGGGACCCUGUCUAUUUUGCUGAGAAAGUGAUGUCUUUGGGCAGAAAUUGGCACCGACCCUGCCUGAGGUGCCAACGUUGCAGGAAGACCCUGACUGCUGGGAGUCACGCAGAGCAUGACGGCAUGCCUUACUGCCACAUUCCCUGCUAUGGAUACCUGUUCGGCCCCAAAGGUGGGCAACCUGACCCCCAGACCCUGGGCCCAUGAGAAUGUGUGGACAGCCUCCCCUGUGGUGUGAACAUUGGCGAUGUGGGCUGCUACAUCUAUGACCCAGUGGACAUAAGAUCCAAAUGAGCCAUUCGCAGGACCUAACUCAGGCUUCCCACGUCUCCUCCACGGUCUUUUGGAAUCUCUGGAAUUCUCUAGUCCUUUGGGGAGAAAGAAGGUGACCACCCUGGGGGCCUGGGCCUGGGCUCUGUGGCAGAUCUGAGUCCAGACUGCCUCUGCCAGUUCUGUUUCCUCCUAUCUGGAUACCCCCCACACACACACACAGAAUGGUGGCUGCCUGGGUUCCCAGAUCCCUCUCCUAGCAGUGCUGGAGCUUCAAAGUGUAUUCAUAAAGGUUAUUGCGUUCCCUGGCUUCUCUAAUAAAAUGUUGACUGAUUCCCAUACCU